GUUAAAUCUUUUUCAGAUUCGUUCCUACCGCACUUCUACGUAGAGUUCAUUUUUUGACAAAGUACUCUUACGUAGAGAGAUCUGAAAUUGAUAGUGAUCCUUAGAUCCCCCUUUUUAUUGAAUCUUCUUAGCAGAGUUGGCAAACUGCAAUUUCGUUCUCUGGUUUGCAUGUUGGCUUGUGGACAGUUUCCUAGGGAAGCACUGCAUCAGCGUUCCAACCAGCUGGUGCCUCGGAAUUGUCUUGUACCUAAAAUAGCUGCUGUUUGUUCUGAUUUGAUCCUGCUAUGGACAUUAAUAAUUCAUCUCGGAAACGUAAAAGUCCGAGUCCUCCGCCGUCUUCCGAGCGCGAUAGGAACCACGAUGGUCAGCGGAAUCGAGAUCGCUCCCGUGAAAGUGGCAGUCAGCGUCCUCCACAACCGCGUCCCGCACACUCGAUCCCAUCGCAGAAUGUGAGAGAUCCAUCGAGCAACGCGGGGGCCUCUGCCAGCUCGUCGCAGCCACCUGCACAACCAAGAAACCCAGGCACAGCUGCAUCCAGUAAUCACGAGCGAUAUAAAAGCCUUAGUGAUAUAAAAUAUCCCUGGAUGACGGAUAUGACAGCCUAUGAGCGACAGGCUAAAAUUGGCCAGGGCACGUUCGGAGAAGUUUUUAAGGCCAAAUGCAACCGCACCCAGCGUGUUGUAGCUCUCAAGAAGAUUCUCAUGGAGAAUGAGAAAGAGGGAUUUCCGAUUACGGCAUUGCGGGAGAUCAAAAUACUUCAGUGCUUCAAAAAUGAAAACGUGGUGGAGUUAUUGGACAUCUGCAGUACGAAAGCUUCCGAUUUCAAUCGCUACAGAAGCACAUUUUUCCUGGUUUUCGAAUUUUGUGAGCACGACUUGGCUGGACUGCUCAGUAAUCCGAGGGUGCAGUUCAAGGAAGGAGAGACGAAGAAAAUCAUGCAGCAAUUGCUCAAUGGCCUGUAUUUUAUCCACAUCAACAAAGCCCUCCAUCGUGAUAUGAAAACAUCAAACAUCCUCAUAAAUAAAGACGGAAUCCUCAAAAUAGCCGACUUCGGUUUAGCCAGAACGUUCAGUCAGAUGGGCACGAAAGAUCAGCCGAAUCGAUUUACUAACAGGGUGGUUACCUUGUGGUACCGGCCGCCAGAACUGCUUCUUGGCGACCGUAAUUACGGUUCGGCGAUUGAUGUUUGGGGAGCGGGCUGUAUCAUGUGUGAAUUAUGGACACGAAGCCCAAUUUUACAAGGCAAAGAUGAGCAACACCAGCUACAGUUGAUAAUUCAUUUAUGCGGUUCUGUAACACCGGAAGUGUAUCCCGAUGCACAGGGUUUGGAGCUGUUUAAAAACUUAGAGCUGCCAAAAGACAUUCGCCGCGACAUCAAAGGUCGCCUGAGUCGGCACAUUAAAGAUUCCUUGGCACUGGAUUUGAUUGAUAGAAUUUUCACGUUGGAUCCUUCGAAGAGAGUGGACACAGAUACUGCAUUGAAUCACGAUUACUUCUGGACGGAUCCCAUGCCGCAGUCACUGGGUCCGAAAAUGAAAUUGCUAACGCAGUCGAAUUUUGAGUUCACUGCCGCUUCUCGCCAACAGCUGCAACAGGCUGCCGGAAACCGCGCACCCAGCCAGGCACAUCACAUUCGCAAUCCGGCUGGUGCCUUUGGCGACCGCGUAUUUUAAUCAAAGCAGUCGGUAUGGAAUGGUUUCUUGCUAAACGGAGAGCGAUGUUGGGACCAAUGUUCUCCUAAUUUCCUGGAUUUUACCGGUUUUGUGAUCAAUCGUUUGGAAUUUUCGUUUUAUUAUAGCGAAGACUGGACAGGAGUCAUGCUCUUUACUUGGUUACAGUUGAUUCUAGUUUUUAUCUCGUUUUUAACUCACCCUGAUACAGAUUCAGGAUUUAUUUCACUAAAUUGGUCAAGUGCACAGAAUUCAUGCUCUGUUUUUGUUCAUAUUUGAUCUAUUCAUAGCUUUCAUCUCUUUUUUGAUUCGCAAUGGUAUAGGUUAAAGAUUUGAAAACCGGACAAUGAAGUUUGUCCAAAGAAUUAUUUCUGCAGCUAA